GUACAGACCAACUGAUAAGUAGUUGUACGAUCGCUCGUACUGUACGGAAGAACACAAGUUCCAUUUACAUGUGUAGCAGAUACGUAACAUUUCCUAGCUUAUCGAUCAUUUCAAGCGAUACAAAUGCAAUACCGCGAAACUAAAUGUUUUUGAUAGAAUUUUAAAAAGAUUCCUCGAGGCUGAAUUUUAUAAUGAUGGGACGCAAUGUGAACGAUGUUACAGAGAGACGGUUUAAAAAGUCAAAGCGCGAAAAUGAUAAUGAUGCGCAUCGAUGGAAUGAAAAAUAGUGUGCGUGCGUGCGUGCGUGCGUGCGUGCGUGCGUGCGUGCAUGCGUAGGAUGAAAACGGAGGCAAGAAGGAAGGCGAGUGGUCGAUCGAAAAGAGCGACUUGUCAGCGAACUAAAGAUUCAUUUUCACAAGCCAAGUAAAGAGCAAUGUAUGCAGCGACAAGGAUGGUAGCGAUGGGAACGCAACGACGCGGCGCGGCGCGACGCCACGCGACACGACGCGCGAUGAAAAUAAGUGUCCCGGCAGAGAAUUGCGGAUGAUCUUUAUCGCAAUGUCUACUAAUUUCUCGCUAGGUGGCGACUGUAUCCGACAGUCACCGGGAUCAGGUUGAUCGGGCGACUUGUGCUAAGUUUUAUCGUUUACCACAUGUUGAUUAAUUAAAUAAAAAUACUGUAUCGUUGCCAAAAUCAUUGUUCGAGGCUAGCGGCGUUCAUUUCUAAACUCCGUAAACGCGAAAUUCCAGAAAGGUGAUUUCCUACGUAAGAAGAACGGAGUUACGUCACGCACUAGCAAGAUAUCGUGUGGUGUCGUGUCGUGUCGUGUCGGGUAGACACCGUGUUCCCCCGUACGUCUCCUCGAAUGCCAAGUGUUCCUGCUUUCUUUGCUCGCAUUCUCGUGUCUGUCUGUCUGAACUCGAAAGUCACGCACGCGCUACACUUUCGUAAACGAGUGUUUAGGUGGUCGUACCAUUCGCGCAUAACCUACAAACGAUCGUGAUUCGAAAACCGAUCGUGAAUGUUGAUAGUUGUUACGGCCAGUACGGCCUCCUGUCAAUCGUUCUGGGGUCGAAUAAGACUUCGAAUUGUAGCUUCCCGUAUUUAACGAGGAAACUAUAAAACAAGCGCAAGCAAUAUCCUCCCGUAGCGGGACAUUCGAUCGAAAAUAUUUUUUUGACGUUGAGCAGUCACCGGGAAAUUAGUCAAAAUUCCGGUCCCCACUAGGAAACGAGAAGGCCCGCAACAAAUCGGCGGCAGAAAUCCACCAACCAGUGGCGAAGAGUCCUCGUCUGGUGGCAAAAUGAAUAGCAAAAGAAAGAACCGUUCCAAUACUAAUAGGUCUCCACGUGCUCGUGGUCCGCAAGAGAGAUGUGUCGCUGCAGAGGGUGUAUAUAAUAAUGCUCAUUUCAUGCACGCGAUUACUAGUCAUGUGGGCAACAUUGUACAGAUUCAAACACUGAAUGGUUCUGUGUACGAAGGUAUUUUUCGCACAUUCUCCAGCCAAUUUGAUGUUGUCUUGGAAAUGGCGCAUCGAGUAGAAGAUUCAGGGAAAAUAAGCGUCGAAAGUGUAGUAGAAAAAUUGAUUUUCAAACCGCAAGAUAUUAUUACUAUGUCUGCCAAGGAUGUCGAUCUAGAAUAUGCUAUACGUGAUACUUUUCAAACAGACACUGCUAUUAGUAAAUACAAUGGUGUGAUCGGUGAAAAAGAGUUGGAACCGUGGGAUGCUCCUCCAGUUACUAUGAACGGCGAUGACUUAGAAUUGGAUGGUACCACUAACGGAUGGGACGCCAACGAUAUGUUUCGCAAGAAUGAACAAAAAUAUGGAGUUCAAACGACGUAUGAGCCGACUUUGGCUGCUUACACGUUGCCGCUUCAAAGAAAAGAUACAAAAGAUUAUAAAGAACAAGAACAGAAAGCUGCGGAAAUAGCAAAUGAAAUAGAGUCGCAACCAAAUCAUAAAGCAAGAUUGGAAUUAGAAAAUGGCGAUGAAGAGGAAAGAUUUGCAGCUGUGGUAAGACCCAAUGAAGGUAAAUAUAUUCCGCCUCCGUUAAAGAAGAAGAACGGAAAUAGCGGAAAAUUGAUGAGAUCCAACGAACCUCCACCUUCACCUGGACCUGCAACAACCAAUAAAAAUAUUUUUAAUCAACAACCUCCGUCCAAUGUAAACGUGAACAUUCCUCCAGCUUCUAAUCUUCCUAUUGGAAUGCAAAGUACUCAUUCCUCUGUACAACAUCCAGUAUCUUUAAAUAUGGGAAUGCCACCUAGCGGUGUAGUAGUUACAUAUAAUAAUCCUCCACCACCGUUUGUACCUCCACCAGCAACGCAACAACCGCCUCCAGUACCUGUGAUGCAGCAAACGCAACAGCAAUCCCAAGCUACUCCUAUACCGCAAGUAAGCUUCCCAUCGCAGCCGCAGCAAACUUCGUCGUCUAAGAUGAAUACAGAGAAACGUGAACGUCCUGGCAGACAGCAAGUGUAUCAAGCAGACAAAGCACCACCGGCACCAUUUCCGCAAGCAAACGUUACUACAUCUCAUCAGCAGCAACAAUCGUCGCAUCAGCAUGUUCAGUUACAACAGCAAAACUCAGUUGAAGGACAACGAUGCGAGAUAGUUUCACACAAAUCCGACCACAGAAAGGUUCCAACGCCACGUGGCAGAGACGAACAGCAUUCGGAAUUACGGCAAUUUGCCACGGAUUUCAAAUUAGCGGAUACACAAGCACAAGAUACACCGCCGGUAACAAGAAAACAGCAGCAGCAGCAGCAGCAGCAGCAGCAACAUCAACAUCAACAAGAUUCCCAUUCUUCGUCGCAGAUUACACAAACGCAUCAUCAAACAUCUCAUCAGCAUACAACACCGCAACAGUCACAACAGCAACCACCACCACCUCAACAGCAGCAGCAGCAACAGCAACAACAACCACAACAACAGCACUCAAGUCCACAGCAACCGCAACAACAGCAACAGCAACAUCAAAAUCAAAGUGUUCAGGAAGAAACCAUAGUUACUAGUAAACCGCCACCAGGACCGCUUCCUGUGAGAUCUACGAGUCCAGUACAAUCAUCGCAACAGCAGCAGCAGCAGCAGCAACAACAACAACAACAGCAGCAACAGCAACAACAACAGCAACAACAAACUCCGACAAACACACCGGUUGCAUCACAAUCUCCGCAAGAAACUGCUGUUGACAAAAUUACAACGGCUUUUAAGAAAUCAACGUUGAACCCAAACGCUAAAGAAUUUAAUCCAAAUACUAAACCUUUCACACCGCGUUCCCCGAGUACACCGACACCUAGUAGACCGCAUACUCCUCAAACACCACAAUACACUGGGGCUACAAUGCCUGCAACUGUAGUUAUGCCAGCGUAUGUUAUGACUAGCCAACCACCAACUGCAUUCAGUCAACCACCUGCUCAACCUGUGACAAGGUUCCGGAAGGGUCAGUAUCUAGUGCCGGUGAUGCACGCGCAACAUCGCGCGCAGGAUAUAGCUUCUCAAAUGCAAGUAGUUGCAGCUACCGGGCAACCUUUAAUGGCACCGGCUCCUCUACACCCACCAUUCCAGGUACCUUAUCCUGGCCAACCGGCUUAUCAACAGAUGGUACGCAUGGUUCAGGCACCACCACCACCGCCACACAUGGCUACACCUUAUCAUCAUCAUGACUCACCAGGACCGCAGGCUCCUGGGAUUCAGUAUAUGGGUCCGCAUACGCAUCCCCACCCACACGUCGCUCAACAGCCACCAAGUCAAACCCCCUCUCCAGCUAAUCCUAAUCCACCUCAUACGCCGGGCACUUACAAUCCUCCUGGCACUCCACAACCCACAUAUCCUCCACCACCUCCUCAGGGUCAUGCUCCGAGCUAUCCAAUAAUGUGUCCUAUAAUUCCACCUCAUAUACCAAUACCGCCACAGCACAUGCAAUACCUACCACCGCAACCGCCCCCUGGAGCGCAACAAACUAUACCAGUAAUUUUGCCGCACAAUCAGUAGUUGUGAUCCAAAAUGGAUAAAGAAAGAAAGAGAGGAAGGAAGAAAGGAAGAAAAGAAGGAAGAAAGAAAGAAAGAAAGAAAGAAAGAAAGAAAGAACUACUAGUAUUCUGCAGAAAUAGACUAAGGUUUACAAAUUCAAGUUACUUUCAUGAUGGCAUUAGGCACUUAAAGAACCUUUCACUUAUCGCUUGCAGUUUUACAUCAGAUUUAUGAGUAGCCGUGUAAGUUGUGUAUUCAUUGAUAUUUUCAUAUGAUUUUUUUCUCUUAAAAAUGUUAAUGCCUUUUCCAACAAAAGCAACGCAUCGUUAAAACUAAUCGAAACGAGAAACGACAAUUGAACGGAGAACAGAUUUUACAUAGAACAAAGUGCUAUUCAUCCUGAAAGUGACUGUUUUGGAAAGGGGUCAGUUCGCUAGAAACUACCCACAAUGAUUUCUCAUCCCUCAAAGAUUAUGUUUCAAUCCUACUCUAAUUAUACAAAAGAUAUUUCAAUAUUUCGAAACAGCUUAUGUAUCAUUCGAGGCUAUGAGUUACUAGUUUAAAUGUAAUAUUUAAAAAAAGAAGAGAUAAAAGCGUAAUUUUAAAGAUCGAUUUAUAGCAGAAGUCGAAAUGUGAAUAGAAAAUUGGCAACGAAAUAUACUUGAGAAUAGUAUAUUGACAGGUGAUGCCUAUAUAAUAUUACAGGAUAUUUCAGAAAGGAAAAAGAUAAGGAGGGACCGUGACUAUUACAAAAUUGAGAAACAUUAUAAUUACAAUAGCCCGCAUGUGACUUUGUAAACACUUAUUAAGCCAAAAUCCAACUUGCAAGGUUGGCGCAGAGUGCUACUUACUAGACUGGUUCUGUACGGUAUCGCAUGUACCUACCUUCGAAGAUCUAAGUACUCGAUAGAUAAAAGAUCAUAAAUAUAUUGCGCAAGUAAAAAAUUCUUUUUUUACACAAAGCAAUUCCUGAAACGGUAUAAAAAGUGUAUAAUACGUGGCAUAUUUUUCUGCUCGCGCUUUCGUACGUGAUACUUCAGUGGAAUGACCGGAAAGCACGGAAAUGGAUUAAUAUAAUUCUUUUAAAUUUAAUCAAAUUCUAUUCAGUUAUGCGAUAUUAAAAGAUGAUGACGAAACAAUUGACACACAAUUACAAAUUUCGUAGUUCGUCAGCAAUGAGGUUUGUUAUGAGAUAUUGAUGCACGAGAUCCUCGAAGCAGAGACUAAGUCGAAUUAGGGAAAAUGUAGGGACAAGAAGUUCAGACGAGUAAUGUCGUUUAAAACGACCAAACAAUUUCGACAGAAAAGCAUCUGUGAAUGUUUGUCUGUGAAAAAAAGGAGAAUUUCUCAUACUCAAAAUUUCAUUAAUAUUCGCUCGGCAGUUGGAAGCAUGAAGUUCGAAUGUUCAUAAACAAUAGCAUUCACCGCGUUUAAAUCUUUAUUUAGAAAGAAAUCAAAUGUAGCUUCAAAACUGAUACGAUCAAACGCUAUCCUAAUUAUACUUCGUUUAAAAAUCAAACCACCAAACUCUCGGUCAGUUUACGAAAUUCGAGUCAUACAUAAUUUACUAUUACUACUCGAGUAUUUAAUUAAUACACACAUAAUAAAUUCCGAAAAAUUGACUAAAUUUUCAACACACACACACACACACACACACACACGCACACCCAAUAAAUACAACAAAUACAAAAUGUGGGGAAUGCGUUGUACCGAAGAUUCAAAAUUAUCGAAACAUUUAAAUUAAUUAUGUAUUUGCAACAUGUAAACGAAUACUUCAGAUGCUAUGGUGUUGAGAAAGACACGUUGAAUUACGGCCUUAGACCUAGUCGUGUAUAUAAGAAAAACGAAGGACAGGACGAUCCUUAACUGUGAGAUAGUUAAUGCGUGGCAUCGUUAGACACAAAUUUUAUAUCGAAGAGAUUUAAAAAAAAAACAUCAAAAUAAAGUCAAUGCGUUAAAAGCCAAUUUA